AUGAACAUCAGUAAAAAUAUAUCAUCAAAACUUCUCUAUUCAUCCAACACCACCCGUGAAAACAAGGAUGUGCUAGUCAUCAAAUCCGCCAAUGUAAAUGACACUGGAUUUUACUACUGUGAGAUAAUUAUUGAAAUACCUUGCUUUAAGAAACUACAUGGAAAUGGGACAACAGUGAUUGUUGAAGAGAAAGAAGCUCACUCACUGGAAAGGAGAGGUUUGGAAGCAUGGGCCAUCCUUCCUUUUUUGGUGGCAGUGGGAAGCGUGUAUCUUCGCUACAAGAAGAAACAGCUCUCCCCCCUAUCUGGUGCUGCACAGAUUCCUGUGCUGACAGAAAGGCAAGAGCAGGAGCAGAGACUUGAGGUGGAAGAGCUUCAUAGGAGACAUGAAUCCUCCGGGGAAGCAGCUGAGGAAAACUCAUCAUCUAAUUCUGCUGAAUGGGCUGUGUCUAUGCUUUAUGAAUCACUUGAAAUUUUUUGCAAUGAAGCAAGAGGAAAAGAUGACAAAUCCACUGUGACUAUUGUAUCUAAUGGAGAAGAUGAGCAAAUCCCACAAACUAGGGCAGCUGAAAAGUCUAGAAUGAGACAAGGAUCUGCCAUCUAGAUCUGCCAAGG